UUCUACCCAUUGCUUAUUCCUAGAGGGAGAACCUAGACAACAUGAAGGGGAUUUCUAUCAUAAUUUGGCUCACUCUUCUGGCCACUGUCACAGCAUGGAAUCAAGAACACAAGAGCAAAUCUGGCUUCAAGUCCCAAGAUGCCCCAACUGCCAUCAAACAACCAAGGGUUAUCAUGCUAAAUUCCCCAAAGAGUAACUUUUUGGAAAAUAAGGAGCACAUUGGUAGCAGAGAAAGAAGAAACGCCAUGACGGUGUUGGAGAUACGUGAUCCCACUGAGGAAACGGACGUGAAAGUUAAGACUACUGUGAAGCCAACGACUCGACCGGCCAUCAAAAUAGGACAUUAUUUCAUCAAUCUGGGGAAACAUAAAAGGAUGUCUCUGGAGUCUAAAAGGGUACAGCAGCAAAUGGCGGAGAUUUAUGAAGGGUCGGGGACCACAGAUCCAACUCCAGAAGGAUCUGGAGAGACAGAAACAAGUGAUCCUUUUACUGUCUCCUUUACUACACAGUCGACCAUUAGCACACCGUCUAAAUGUCAGAAUGGAGGUACCUACAACGGAUUUAUCUGUAUUUGUCCCAGUAAUUUUGAAGGACCCGAGUGUGAAUUCAUCAAAGACCUUCUCGUAGGCAAGGUUGUUGAUACCUUUGUGAAAGUGACUUUGAAAAUUGUUAACCAUCCGUAUACAGACGCAUUGAAUGAUAAAACAUCAGCUGAAUAUGCGGCGUUUGAGAGCAACUUCAAAACAGAGAUGGAUAAAGUCUAUGGUAAUGUUCCUGGAUAUAAAGGGGUACAAAUUGGUGCUGUAAGCCAAGGAAGCAUCGUUGUAGAGCACAACGUUACAGUGGAGACUGAAUACAAGAAUAACUCCAGUGUGACAGAAGACUAUAGUGAAAUAUUCCAGGUUGUGAACACAGUGCUGGAGAAGCUUGUUGCUGAUAACUGUACUGGGGAGGGGAGUUCAUCGCUGUGCAUUUCAAGCAAUUUUACGACUGAAGAGAUAUUUCCUACAAGCGAGGCAGAUCUCUGCAAGAAGGGAAUUCCAGUGGACUAUUUGAGUUACUUCUCUCCGGUGGUGACUGAUAGUGGCCUGACCUGUGUGUCGGAAUGUAACGUGCUCUCCCCGAGAUUCAAGGACUGUACGCGCGGCACCUGUCAUAUCCAGAUCAGUAAAGGAACCCAUUGCUUGUGCCCAGAUACACAUGAUUACCUAUACACCUCGGCAACAUGUGGGGCGCGGAUCUCAAAAGCUGCCGUUUAUGGGAGUGCUGGGGCAGUGGCUGCCGCCCUGUUAAUCAUCAUCAUCACAGUAGCAAUCUUACUUUCCCGAGAGAAAAGACACAAGAAGAAGCGAACCAAGGAGCCAUUUAGCAAUGACAUGGAUUAUAAAUGGUAUGAAGAUGAUGAACAAUGGAACAAUACUAAUCAAAACAUUCCAGUGACCAAUUUAGCACUGCGAGAAGAUGAUUAUGCCCCAAGGAAUCAAUAUUCCACCAAUAAACAAAGCUUUAAACCUUCUCUAGAAAAUGUGGAGACAGGGGUACAGAUGAAGAUACUGAGACCGGAGGUCAACAAAUCACUAUAAAGAAACUGCAUCUCCUGCAACAGAAGAGUUUUUCUGUGCCAUAUUCCGAGAAGGGCUCUGAAGGUGAAAUCAGUCCACUGCCCUUGUAGUGAAUGAUAUAUAAAGCAAUUAUCUGUAUACCAUCUCCUGUUUAACUGGUGUCACACUAUUGAGUGUUUUUUGUACAAAAAUCUAUGGUACUUUGAGUCUAGUGGACAAUAAUGGAGGAGAGAGAUAUGAAGUCCAAAAUGGCCAGUACAAGACAAAAAAUGAAGAGUAAGUCUUGGAUUAAUAAAAAUCACAACAGCAGGGGAGAAAAAUUUCCAUUUAUUUAUUUAAAUUAUAUACAUUUAUUGCACUUAUGUUUGUUUAGACGUAUGGAACCUAUAGCUUAGUGUAAGAGUGUAGGUCGCCACUAGAAGCAAGGGUUUGGGUGAGCAUGCUCAAGACCUACAGCUUUAGCAGAUAAACCAUAUCCAGGAUAUAUGGCAGAUACUCACAGCUCCCAGGGACAGGAGUUAGUAAAAGAAAAAAAACCUUUAUUUUGAAAACAUAUCAGGUAUAAAAUACCUUACACAUUUCACUUUAUAGAGCACUUAUUUUUGCUGCAGUCCUAAAACUCAGAGUCCAGGGAUUACCACAUGGGUCAUAUCACACAGCAAAUGGCCCAACUAGUGACUAUGGACCCGCUGUUGUGGCUCAGACUUAUUUCUUUCUCCAAGAUGUUCCAGAGGAAACUGCUAAUAUAUAGAAAUAGCCAAUAGCUGUAAGAGUAAUAUAAUAAUUUCUUGCCUAAAGCACACUAUUCACAUUUACUGUGAAGUACAGGUACCCACCAAGUCUACAAGUUCUUUGGUCUUCUAGAUCUAAUCCAUUUAUUAGCUGAGUGGACGGAAAGCCACACAAACGUUCAUGGAGCAACUAAUGAACAUGUUGUGUACCUCUGCCUUCUUUGUACUAAUGGGCCAUCAUGGGAGAGGGCACAAUGAAGUAGGGGUAGAUUCAUAUAACUGUCAGACUCAAACGAUCCUCACGUGGAUGCCCUUGUUUGUUGUUAAGUAACUGAACAUUGUAACUUGUUUGUAUUAGCAGUUUCCUCUGAUUG